CGACGAGCUACUUAGCUAGCAGAGUGACGGCUAGAAAGUACUAGAAGGAGAGCAGACGUUACCUGUCGUUACCGGGACGAUCCUCAACUGUAACACGGAGACAGCUGGUCUCUCUCCAUCAGUGAGCACAGAGAGGUCUGAACCUCCGUCACCAUGACAGACAACAAGCGUCUCGCCUUCUCCAUCAUCCAGUUCCUCCACGACCAGCUCCACGAUGGGAACAUCACCUCAGGAGCUCAGGAGAGUCUGGAAGUCGCUGUUCAGUGUUUGGAGACGGCUUUUGAUGUUUCGACCGAUGACCAGACUCUCGCCGUCCCCAUGACGUUACCGGAGAUCUUCAACGCAGCCACAGACAAGCUUCCAGCUCAGUCGCAGGUCAACAACAACGUUCCACCGAACUCUGUGAGCGACGACCAGAGAGCCGAGGCCGAGCGGCUCAAGACCGACGGAAACGAUCAGAUGAAAGUGGAGAACUUUGGAGCUGCUGUUGAGUUUUACUCCAAAGCCAUCGCGCUCAACCCUCAGAACGCCGUCUACUACUGUAACAGGGCUGCAGCGUACAGUAAACUGGGGAACUACGCUGGAGCGGUGCAGGACUGUGAACAAGCCAUCAGCAUCGACCCAAACUACAGCAAAGCUUACGGGAGGAUGGGUUUGGCUCUGGCCAGCCUCAACAAGCACACAGAAGCAGCUACUUUCUAUAAGAAAGCUCUGGAGCUCGACCCCGACAACGACACCUACAAAGCCAACCUGAAGAUCGCCGAGGAGAAGAUGGAGACGUCCAGUCCAACAGGGGGGAUGGGUGGAGUGGACCUGGCCGGUUUACUCAGUAAUCCCGGCUUCAUGAACAUGGCGUCGUCUCUGAUGAGCAACCCUCAGGUUCAGCAGAUGAUGUCGGGGAUGAUGUCAGGAGGACUAGGAGGAGGUCUAGGAGGAGGUCUAGGAGGAGGACUAGGCGGAGGAUUAGGAGGAGGACUAGCAGGAGGACUAGGAGGAGGAGUUGGAGGAGGAGGAGUAGGUGUAGGAGGAGGAGGAGGAGGAGUAGGAGGAACAGGAGGAACAGGCAGCGUCCCGCCUCCAGGAGCAGCUCCAACUGGUGGAGCCGCUGGAGCUGGAGUCGGAGAUAUAUCGGGACUGAUCCAGGCAGGGCAGCAGUUUGCUCAGCAGAUGCAGCAGCAGAACCCAGAACUCAUCGAACAGCUGAGGAGUCAAAUCCGCAACCGAACGCCCAGCGCUGGCAACGAGGAGCAGCCAUGACACACACACCUGGUCAGACAGGUUUGCGUGAGGAGGAGGAGGAUGAGGAGGAGGAGGAAGAGCAGCAGACCGACCUGUCCUUUUUUCUUUUUGAUUUUUGGAUCGUUAUAACUCGAAGGACUAAAAGGAAGUUAUUAUUAUUUUUUCCAUCACUGAAUAAUUCCUGCAUGAGAGAGGCCUCCCGCUUCAUUCAGGAGCCACGUCACCAAAAACAACAACAACAACACCCACUUCCUGCGGCUCUGUGUGGUUUUUAGGAGGAACAUUUGGACAUAACGCUUUGCUAUCAAGUCUAAAGUUGAAUUAAUAGAAUAGUAAUAAUAAUGCUCCAACAGGAAACUGGACCCCAGAUGUGAAACAGCUGCAGUGAAGAAGCUUCAAAUGUCUGUUUCUUUCUUCUGAAAACUACACAGUGUAACUUUAAAUGCAAUUUUUUUGUCCAAUACCUUGUUAAUGAUGGUUCUGACUGUGUGUGUAUGUGUGUGUGUAAGUGAAUGAAUAUCAGGGUUAAUUUAGUGUAAAUGGCAGUAAUCCUGUGUGUGUGUGUGUGUGUGUGUGUGUGUGUGUGUGUGUGUGUGUGUGUGUGUGUGUGUGCGUGUGGCAUCCGGGAGGCAGAAAGCUGUUCAGACACAGUUUGGGAAUUAAAACGCACCUCAACAUUUUA